AUGCAGCUAAGUUUCAGUCAGAAGCCAAACUCAAGUGACCAGACGGAGACCGGACAGCUCCAGAAGGACAGCUUGCCGGGCCUUCCCAAGGUGGUGGCAGCCAGAUGCGCCAAGGCCAGACAUGCGCAGCAUGCGCAGCCGGAUGGGUCCAAAAACUACACCAACAAUCUUUUGUGCCAGACACUGACGCCAUUGACCCUGGAGCUCGGUGGCAAGAGUCCUGCUUUUGUGGAUGCUGGGUGUGGACACCGAGAGGCCUGGAUCAGGCUGAGUUCUGACAUGCUGCGAAAUAUCGCCAAGGAGAUCACUGAAACUAAGGUCUUCAAGAGUGGUCAAUUCUGUUGCGCGCACGACUAUGUGGGCAUCCCAGGCAGUUUGCAGCGGAAGUGGUGA